CGUAAUCCAGCAGCAGGCGUGCAGUGCAGGAGGGAAAGGCAGGCGUGCACUUUAUCCGUCCCCACCGUCUCCUGCGCUCAAAACUCAAAAGCGAUGGCCACUGGCCAGGCACGCACGCGAAUUCUUCACGUCACAGACAGGUGAGCCCGAGGGUUUAGGGCCGCGGCAGGCCUCGUCCACCUGUCGGUGACCGUGACACCAACAGAGCGCUGUCCAGCCGAGGGGGAGGGCCCACCCCUCUCCCUCCACGCCUUCGGUUUCCCGUCUCACUUUCCGUUUACCCUGGGCAGGUGCCUACUGCUGGGAUGUGUACUGCUGCUACUAUCACAGUCACAGUGCUACUACUCUCCUCUUCCUGCAGCUUGCUGCUACCGCUUCGAUUGCUUGCUACUACUCCUCCUAGGCGGCUAGGCGCCAGCACCGCGAAGCAUCUCGCCUCGUCGUCACCUCCGGCCAAUUCUUCUAACGCGCCAACUAACAACAACCCAGCUCCAAAGCCGGAGCGAGGGGGCGCGAUGUCGUCGCCGACGGCCGCGCCAGCGCCGACCGCGCCACCGGCCCCGCCGGCCAAUGCGACAACCCCGCCACCGGCGACCCCGUCCGCGUCGCCCCCGACGCCCACCCCUCCCAAGCCCACCCCGCCCCCGCCGGGCCCCUCCGCGCCGCCGCCGUCGUCCCCCUCCGUCCCUCCCCCGGCGACCCCUGCCGCGUCCCCGCCCUCGCCGUCUUCCACCCCGGCGACUCCCUCUGCGCCCUCGCCCUCCUCACCUUCCUCUCCGGCGACGCCCGCCACCCCGUCGCCGCCAUCUGACACCCCGUCGCCGCCAUCGGACACCCCUUCUCCACCAUCGGACACCCCGUCGCCGCCAUCGGACACCCCUUCUCCGCCAUCGGACACCCCUUCUCCGCCGUCAUCCGGUGGAGGGGGCAGGUCCCCGCCGUCGACGCCGUCGUCCGGAGGUGAGCGAUCCACGCCGUCGUCCCACUCGCCGCCCAAGUCACACUCGCCCGGGGGCGAGGGCGGCGGCAGCUCCGGGCCGUCCACGUCGCUCGUCGUGGGCGUGGUCGUCGGCGGCAUCGUGCUGCUGCUGCUCGCCAGCUUCAUCUGCCUCUGCUGCCUCCGUAAGAAGCGCCGCCGCGCGCCGCCGCGGCCUCAGCACUACGGAUACCCGCCGCCUCCGCCCCCGUACAAGGAGGAUCCCUAUGGUGGAACAUACCAGAGUUGGCAGCAAAAUGCGCCUCCUCCUCCACCCCCUGAACAUGUGGUCACGACCCUGCCAGCAUAUGCCAAUCCUCCUCCUCAGCCGCCGCCACCACCAACAGCAGCAGCGAUGCUAAAUAGUAGUGGUGGAUCUGGUUCUAACUACUCUGGUGGCGAGAUCCUACCUCCACCAUCCCCUGGUGCUGCUCUCGGCUUCUCAAAGAGCACAUUCACCUACGAAGAGUUGAUGAGGGCGACUGAUGGAUUCUCUGAUGCUAAUCUCCUUGGACAAGGUGGUUUUGGGUAUGUUCACAGAGGAUUGCUGCCUAAUGGCAAAGAGAUUGCUGUAAAACAAUUGAAACUUGGAAGCGGCCAAGGAGAGCGUGAGUUCCAGGCUGAGGUUGAGAUUAUCAGCCGAGUACAUCACAAACAUCUUGUGUCUUUGGUUGGCUAUUGCAUUUCUGGAGGCAAGAGGUUGCUUGUCUAUGAGUUCGUCCCCAACAACACAUUGGAAUUCCACUUACAUGGUAACGAUCGACCAACAAUGGAGUGGCCCACUAGAUUAAAGAUCGCUCUGGGUGCUGCCAAGGGUUUAGCUUAUCUUCAUGAAGACUGCCAUCCAAAGAUCAUCCACCGCGACAUUAAGGCAUCUAACAUUCUUCUUGACUUCAAAUUUGAAGCUAUGGUUGCUGACUUUGGACUUGCAAAGUUCACUACUGAUAACAACACCCAUGUGUCAACAAGAGUAAUGGGCACCUUUGGGUAUUUGGCACCCGAGUAUGCAGCAUCUGGCAAGCUCACAGAAAAAUCCGAUGUAUUUUCUUUCGGAGUCAUGCUUCUUGAGCUUAUUACUGGGCGGCGACCAAUUGACACAACCCAAACAUAUAUGGAUGACAGCUUGGUUGACUGGGCAAGGCCAUUACUGAUGAGAGCGCUCGAGGAUGGUGAAUAUGAUGCUUUGGUGGAUCCUCGGCUCGGAAAGGACUUCAAUCCUAACGAGAUGGCAAGAAUGAUAGCCUGUGCGGCUGCGUGCGUACGCCAUUCCGCACGUCGUCGGCCACGAAUGAGUCAGGUCGUUCGGGCUCUGGAAGGCGACGUGUCUUUGGAGGACCUUAAUGAAGGUGUUCGACCUGGCCAUAGCCGCUUCUUUGGGUCAUAUAGCAGCUCUGAUUACGAUUCCGGGCAGUACAACGAGGACAUGCAGAAGUUCAGGAAGACGGCGUUCAAUAACAACACCUACACCAGCAGCCAAUACAGCGCGCCAACCAGUGAAUACGGCCAGGUGCCGUCUGGAUCAAGCAGCGAGGGCCGCCAGACGCAGGAGAUGGAGGAGUCGGGUGCAGUGAAGAAAGGUGGCUACAGCGGCUACAGCUCCGGAUACAGCGGAGCCUCGUGAGCGAAUUCCCUCCCUCUCUGUUUUUGCUCUUUUUACUUCUGAUGCUUUCUGUUGCUGCGUUUGUAAAGCUGACUUCCGCGUGAUUGAUGUAUCUAAGUUUGACACAGUAUAGUUGUAUGUAGCUGCAAUCGUUUAUUCUUUCGUGAAAAAAUUGUUCUUGGACAAUGUUUGGCUGUGCAAUUCAACGAGAGCUAAGCU